AAUGCAGAUGUUGGUGAAAAUUCGACGACGCCGUCGAGUACAGCUGGGGUGAACUACGCGGUCUACGCCAAUUUAUUAACGGAGGUUCUUCAUCUCCUCCUGGCGCAACAAAAUCUCGCGCUUUCUGGUUCGCGCGAUACGCUUCUUCGUCGCCUUGCCGAUCACGAUGGAGCAGAAAUCCCAGCUGCAUCGAGUGCCGAUCUGAGACCCAGCUCAACACUGGAAUACUCAUCCAAAUCUCUCCGCUCGCUUGCGUCGAACCUUGUUCCUCUUCUCCGCGACGUUUUGGCCCAACAAAAUGGGUCACCGCCAACUAUGCAACCUCAACCACCGCCGUUGUCAAGUUUUCCCGCUCAAAACGCUCCAACGCCGCCUCUAGACCUUGGUAAUCAAUCACAAGUUGCGAACCUCCUUUCGUCGCAGCCGUCGACAUCUUCGCCAUUGGACUAG